AUAUCUAUAUUCUUUGCUAAUUUAUUUAUAUCUAUAACUAAAAAAUUCAUUGUUCGAGCCGAUUUAUUCGUUUAGUUGAAACUAAUAAUCUAGAUAAACGUAUUACCAUCGUCCCUUCUUUAUAGGAAUCAAUUCCCAUUUUGCAUGUUUUGUAGGAACCAUUGAUUACAAUUUCCUAUUUUAGUUAAAGACCCGUCAAAUAAAGCAGAGAUCAUUUCUACAAAUGAAAGCAAAUUCAUCUUGACCAGCUCGACUAAUUCAUUAGACAUGGAGAUCAUUCCAUUGAUGCUCAUUUCCGUCAUCAUACUCUUGACAUCAUUUCCGGCUCCGAUUAAAGUCUCCGGCAGGGGCGGCGGCGGCGGCUUUGUUGGUAGUGGGAAUCCUGGUGGUAUUGGAAGCGGCUAUUUUGGUGGUGGUGGGAAUGCUGGCCCCGGCUAUAGGGGUGGAAAUAUCCCUAGCGGCGGCAGCAUUAGGGAUGGGAGUAAUGUUGGCACCGGUUAUAGGGGUGGGGCUUCAGGCGGCAAGCCUUCGGGUGGCGGUGACACCGGUCCGGCAAUUGUGGUGAUUCCUAAGAAGCCCGAUGAACCUGUGAAGGUGGUGCCCACGCCAAUGCCACAAGUAUGCAAACCGGAAGUUAGAGAUUGCGUCAAUAAGCAUAUAUACGGAGCCGCCGGGGCACCUACAUACCGCGGGGCAUGUUGUCAGAAAUUUAGGAACUCAGUAUCAUGUGUGUGUAAAUUCCUUUCGUCCUAUGAUCCUAAGCUAAGCAAAGGUGCUAAUGGUGUACUUAGUGGUUGUCAUUAUUCUAAACCCAAUUGUAAUAAGUAUAGGAUGCCAAUGCCACAAGAAUGCCUACCUGAAGUUAGACAUUGCAUCAAUACACAUGUAUACGGAGGUGCUGGGGAACCUCACCAAGGCGGAGCAUGUUGUAACAAAUUUAGGCAAUCAAGAAGAUGUAUCUGUAAAUUCCUUGAGUCUCAGGAUGCUCACCUAACCAAAAAAUCUAGUGGUAUACUUCGAGGUUGUCAUUUUAAACGCAACUGUACCUUCAAUAAGAUCUAGAGAUUAUGUAUGAAUAUAACUAAAUAACUAUGUAUAUACAGCAAACAUAUCUUGAAAUAAUUGUACAAAUUAUGGUUGGUUUUUAUAUGGUUAGAAAUAUAUAUAUUAUUGGAUUUUGUAUA